UGGGGCAAUCUUAAAAACUUAAGUAUAAAUAGCCAGAGGCCACUUGAGAAUUUUAUCAUUUCGCUUUAAUUUUGUUUUUAAGCAAAGCAGGAUCCCUAAAUCUCAUCAUCCUCAUCAUGGUUAGUUUCGAAGAAGCUUGUGAAUUGGCCAAAAACUUCUCCAAGAAGCCUUCGGACUCUGAAUUCUUGGAAUUCUAUGGUCUCUUCAAGCAGGCCUCCUUUGGUGAUGUCAGCACUGAAAGACCUGGAGCCUUGGAUUUGAAAAAGAAAGCCAUGUGGGAUGCCUGGAAUUCUCACAAAGGUAUGUCUCAAGAUGCCGCCAAGGAGGCCUACAUUAAGGUCUACGAGAAGUAUGCCCCCAAGUAUGCUUAA